AUGUCUCGAGCUAUGCACAGUGAAAAAUUAUUUGUUUUGGAUUUGUUACCUGUCGAAAUUCUCCAUGAUAUUUUUGCUUAUCUCUGGGCGCAUGAAAUUCUCUAUUCCUUCCAUAAAAUUAGUCAUAAGAUCGACAGUAUUAUUACUAAUCAUCGAAAUUAUCAUGUAAAUUUUCGUUCGAUCUUAAAACAACAUUUUGACAAUGUUUGUAAACAUAUUCAACCAAAGCAAAUUAUUUCACUCAUUUUAUCGGAUCAUACUGUUAUCUAUUUUUCACUUUUUCCCAUCGAACAAUUCACUUGUCUCCGUGCUUUGACACUUUCUGACAUCCAAGAAAAUCAUCAUGCACUCUUCGCCAAUUUGAACCAAUUGAAACGCAUAAUUGCUUUGGAAAUUGAUACACUUUCUUACCUUGAAUUUAUCGAACCAACAAUCCAACUCAAACGGCUGAUUGUAACAAAAUAUUCCGAAGCUGAUUAUUAUCGCGAAUCUUUACUUUCUUCUUUGAUAUUAUCAAAUCUUCGAUCUCUUUCGUUACCUUGCUGUUCAUAUCAUCAACUACGUCAGAUUCUUUCUCAAGCAUCUAAAUUAUCAUCACUAACAAUUUCACUAUCAAUAUCAGAUUGUACAGGAAUCGAUUAUUUUGCAGAACAACGUCAAGAUAUGCCGCUUACGUUAACUCAUCUUAGCCUAUCCAUGCAUACGUUCAGUAAGUGGAUGAUUAUUGAAAAGUAUUAUUCUUUAUUUGGUUAUGUUCUUUUUUCUGCUCGAACAAUAUCCCGUCUUCUAUUCGAACGAUUUCUUGCACGGAUGCCUCGAUUGCAACAACUCGAAUUAAACGUCACUUCAGGAGGAAACUCCAAUCUACUCGACGGUCAGCAAUGGGAAAAGUUUAUUAUCGAGCAUUUACCAUUACUCUUGAUAUUUAAUUUCAAGUUCAAAAUACUCAAUAUUGAUCAGCAUAAAUAUGACGCAAAUGAUAUUCUCGUUCAUUUUCGUUCAAAACUUUGGUUAGAUGCCAAUCGUCCAUGGUAUGCAGCGUUUGAUUCUAUAAAUCUUAUUCUUUAUACAAUACCUUACUUUGCUUCUCAAAUAAUCAAAUAUCCUCAUAAUGAUCGUGAUGCUUUCCAUCCGUCGACAUUACCGAAUGAGAAACAAACAAUUCUAUAUGAUCGAAUCAACGAAAUCGAACUUGGUCCAGAUUGUAAAUUACUUUCUCGGUAUCGUUGUGUCAAGAAACUUACAUUAUACAUUUCAAACCUUGAUACAACCACCUUCGAUGUUUCUCGUGUUGAAUAUUUAUGUAUCAAAACAGCUGCAUGGUCAUUAAAAAAGCUAUUCGAUUUAAUCAAACGAUCGAUGACCAAUCUUUAUCAUCUCAAUAUCGAUUGUAAUUUAUCAUGGACAAAAAUGACGAACACUGAUCACCUUCAACAAAUCUAUGUAUUAAACCUUCCACAGUUCAAUACUUCACCAGGAAACGACCAAAUUGAGUUAGGUUAUCUUUUCCCAUACGUUGAACGUCUAACAAUUACAAUUGAUGCUUGUCAGCAAAUGAUUCGCUUAAUCGAUCAAAUGAAAUGUUUAUCGUACGGUUCAUUUCAUGUCAUCAAUAUGGAGCCAAGUCUGGCUGAUUCAUUACGUCAGUGGGUCAUUGACCGUUCAUCUCGAUUGAAGAUCAACGAGAAUUUCACAUUGAAAAUCAAUCCUGAUCAGCAAUGUUGGAUUCAUAUUUGGAUGGUUGGCGAUUAUAAACCAUUGACUGAGGUCGAUAUGCAAGCAGAAGAAAAACCUCCUCUACGUUUCAUUUGUUCUCGAUAUUGCUGUUUACUGUAG